ACAUUUUUCUAACUUUUCAGAACAUCUUGAACGCCAUGAAAGAGAUGAUCCAAAACAGAACCUCCAUCUUCAUUGCACACAGAUUGUCGACGGUGGUGGAUGCGGAUGAGAUCAUCGUCCUGGACCAGGGCCAAGUGGCGGAGCGUGGCAGGCACGUCGAUCUGUUGCGGCUCCCCGGCAGCCUCUACUACGAGAUGUGGCACACGCAGAGCAGCCGGAUGCUGAGCAGGGACCCCCAGGAGCGGUGGGAGGAGCGGGGCGGCCUCUCCUCCAAGGAGGAGGACCGCCGGAAGCUGCAGGAGGAGAUCAUCAACAGCGUCAAGGGCUGCGGGAACUGCUCCUGCUGAGGCGGGAGAUCCUCGUCGCGGCACACGUUUGCACUGAACCACCUUCUCGACGUCCUGCGGAAUGAACGAUGCAGUAUUUUAAGAGCCUUGUUUAUAGGCGGCUUCUCUGAGGAGCGCGAUUUCUCAAACCAAAGGACUUUGCAAGUAGCUCUCCGCUGCUCGACUGGAAGUAUCUUGGAAUAACCCGAUUAACCAAUGGACACUUCUUCCUCCCAGGAACACACAUCUCUCUCCCUGUCAUUUGACCAGAAUGACAGUGUGGAGGGGUUGAUCCUGGUGGGUUUGACAAAGGUGUUUUUCUACAUAUCCAUUUUAACCAGAGCUGGUUAAUUCAAGCGCGUGGGUGUCCUAACAGGGGAAACGAAACAGUUAUCCUUCUUAAAUAACUGUUGUGUUUGAAAGCUUUUAUAUCUCCUUUUGUAAAGAACGAGGGACACGAGAUCUCGAGCAGCGAAGGGAUUUUGGCCCAGUUUCUCAAGGCAGCUCCUCGUUUGCCCCAAAAAGUCAUUCACUUUCCGAGAACCGAAAUGAACAGGAGUGUGUACUCAAUGGGAACACCUCCAAAGGCAAAAUAAGACAGAUUAAUGCGUUCUCUGGCAUUUACAGAAAUAGGUAUGGGAAAGAUUCUGCCACAUUUUGAAAGAGAAUCCAGGAUAAUGUUCUUCACAAAAUCCAGGUUUCAGAGUUGGAAGAAGUCAAGCAAAAUUUGGGAUCCCCAUCAGUCUGUUGAAAGGCGUUGAUGAAGGAAAUGUAACUUGUUUGGAAAUGGAUAACACUGGAUUCGUAAAAUGAUUAAAAAUCACAACUUCAAGGA